AUGGCUAUAGAGUCGAUAUUGUGGUCGCCCUAUGCGUGGCUCUCGCUUAUAGUCGUUAUACCAACCGUAACGCUCCUCUACGAUGCCUGGAUUUGGUAUCGCAUGCCUCCUGGACCUACGCCGCUGCCGUUCGUAGGGAAUAAAUUACAACUUCCGAAAUCGCAACCAUGGAUACAAUUCCAGAAAUGGUCAAAACAAUAUGGUCCGAUCUUUACAAUAUGGAUCGGGAGGAAACCGACAGUGAUCAUUUCGGAUCCUGUGGUAGCGGCUGAGCUCAUGGAGAAGAGAAGCACGAAGUAUUCCUCGAGACCACGUAUGGUGGCCAUGGGCGAAAUACUUUGGGACGGUGCAAGUAUCCUGGUACAGCCGUAUGGUAAAGAGUGGAGUGUCAGGAGGAAGCUAUUGCAUCAGGCUAUGACGCCUAAAGCGCUCCGGCUAUACAAACCGAUCCAGACCGCCGAAGCCACACGCCUGUGCAAUCAGCUUCUCGAAACGCCAAACAACUGGGAGAAGCUUCUCGAGCGAUUCACCUCAAGUAUCGUCUUCUCCGUGGCAUACGGCCACCGCAUUGACUCCUUGAAUGCCGAAGUCAUUCACCAGCGCUUUAAGUUCAUGCACUAUGCUUCGUCGCUGAAUGUGCCCGGCAAAUACCAAGUCGAGUCUUUUCCAAUUCUGAAGCACGUUCCGGAUGUAUUGGCACCAUGGAAGGUCGAGAUCAAGAAGCAUGGUCAGGAAGAGGCGGCUGCAAACAUGCAGUUGGUCGAUCUCGUCCGCUCUGAUAUCGUUAGAGCCAACACGCGAGGCGAAGAAAUCCCGGAUUCGCUUUGCAAAUUGCUCUUAGAGCUCCGUGAGAAGGAGCAUAUUCCGUUGUCCGACAGGGAUUUCUCUUAUGUCCCGGCAUCUCUAUUCGGCGCUGGCUCUGACACAACCGCAUCGACGCUGUGCUCUGCCUUUCUGGCACUUGUCACGCACCCAGAAACCCUGCGGGCAGCACAUGAAGAGCUAGAUAGCGUCGUUGGACCGGACAGAACACCUACUUUCGAAGACGAGGCACGUCUUCCUUAUAUCCGCGCUCUGGCAAAGGAAGUCCUUCGUUGGCGACCUGUCGCUGUGCUUGGAGGUACACCGCACGCAUCAACUGAAGAUGAUCACUACGAAGGCUACUACAUCCCCUCUGGGACAACGGUCCUUGGUAACUCGUGGGCUAUCAAUCUCAACGAGGAGUAUUAUCCCAAUCCGCAUCAUUUCAAUCCUACACGCUUCCUCGACACUGCGCUAGCAGAGAGAUCGAAAAGCCCUACCUCAGAAACCGGCAAGCCGCAUCCCGCAAAAGCAGGUCAUUCGUCGUUCGGAUGGGGACGGCGCAUUUGUCCCGGCGCGGAUCUAGCAGCGAACAGCUUGUUUAUUGCUCUGGCGAAGAUUCUGUGGGCCUUCGACAUCACUCCGCUCAAGGGCGUACGAUAUGAUACUUUCGCGUAUACCGACGGGUUCAACAUUCGGCCGAGGAAGUUUGAGUGCGAGAUCAAGAUCAGAAGCCAAGCGCACGAGCAGGUACUAAAGAACGAGCUUGUCGAUGCAGAAAGUGUUCUGGAACGAUUUACACCGUUCGGCGAGUAG